AUGACAUCGCAAUUAGAAAUUAUUGAUUUGACUAAUGACACUGCCGAUUUGUCUGAGUUUUCUACUACUCAGACAGACCCAAUUCGUUCCAAAAGAGCAGCCAGUCUGACAGUGGAAGUCAACAAUGAGGAAGCUUUAUCACCAACAAAAAAGUGCAAAACUGAUGCUAAUACUGCUUUUAUUGAGAUAAGUCAGAAUAUAUCAGCAGACGAGAAGCAUAUCCCCAAGAAAGAAUUGGAGAAAGCAGAAAAGGAAAAGCAAAAACAAGAAGAAAAAGCUCGUAAGGAGCAAGAAAAGCUCGAGAAGAAAAGAAAGCAAGAAGAAGAAAGAGAGUUGAAGAGAAAACGACUCGAAGAAGAAAAGGAGUUGAAAAGGCAAAAGCAAGAGGAAGAAAGAAGGGCAAGAGAACUUAAAAAGGAAGCAGAAAGACUUCAAAAGGAGAAAGAAAAGCAAGAGAAAGAGAGGAUAAGAUUGGAAAAGAAACAAAAGCUAGAGGAACAAAGAUUGGCCAAGGAAGCAGAAAAGAAACGACUUGAAGAGGAGAAGAGGAAGAUUGAAGAGGCUAAAGAAAGAAGUCAAAUGAAAAUCUCGAGUUUCUUUCAAGUUGGACAGAAACGUAAAGAGAAAAAAACAGCACCGGAGUCUUCUGAAGGAGAUACAAGUAAAAACAGCCCUAAAUCGUUUUAUGAAACCGAGUUUUUGCCAUUCUUUGUUCAAAAGAAUGUAAGCUUAAUGAAUGUUGGCAACAAGGAUAUACUGGACUCCAAGCGUAUUCUUGACGACUGUCUAAAUGGAGCUUUGCCAAAGGAGCUGUCUUUCAAAUCAUAUCUUAACACAUUCACAAACUCUUCUUUGUCGACCGUCAAUGACAUUACACCAGAAGAAAUUAUUAAUGCUCUAAAUUCAUCCACAACAACCGAGAACCAAGUUCAUCAAUUAAUUCAAGACCUACCUCCUAUCAAGUAUAUUAGUUUUUAUGAAAACUCAAAACCGCCAUAUAUUGGGACCUAUUGUUCAUUAGCUCAUCAAAAAUGUCGCGAAAGUAUAAUUCAAAACCCAUUUGACAAUGAGAUAACUGGUCUAGAUUAUGGCUAUGAUUCAGACUUGGAAUGGAAUAAGGAGGACGAAGAGGGUGAAGACAUAGAAAAUGACGAGGACGACGAUGACGACGAUUCUAUUAUGGGAGAUGAAGAUGACGAGGAAUUUGUCGAGGAUGAUCCCCAAAGUAACAAGAAGAAAUUUAUUACCCUAACAGUGAUUAACAAAUGGAACAACGAAGAAAACAGCCAGGAUUUCCAAAGUUUUGCUACAGUUAAAUUAGUAGAUAUACCAGGUCAAAUAGAUCCCUUUCAUAAUUAUUGGGCUACUCAAAAUGAACCACAAGUGCAGACAAUAUCAGUGACUCAGGAUGCAACAAAAUCUAUUGACAAUGUCUUAAUAAACAAAGCAACACCAACCAUGGGUACAUCUUCUAGUCCGAAUAUCUUGAUUGCUCAAAAGAAAACUAUCAAAGAUUCGGUGGUUUUGGCUAACUUGAUAAAAUUCAUAGAAAAUAACAAUGAUUUUACUAUAGGUACAUUGGUGGAACUAUCGAAGAAAGAGUUUAAAGAUUUUACUAAAGCCUUGAUAAAAAAUACAAUACAGGAGAUUGCCGUUUAUGACAAAAGGUCAAGUAAAUGGGAAAUAAAAGCUGAAAUGAAAGAGAAAUACUGUUCGUAG